CUGUAGACACUGGAUUAUUCAUCCACCAUGAUUGCAUCGCCAUUGCUGUUGUUUCCUAAGAAAGCCUGAAAACCUCUAUUUAUUUUGGGUUUCUCGUCUCUGGAGCACAGAAAUUCUCAACAAUGGCGGUUAGAGCAACUGUUUCGCGAUUUCCAAUAGACGCCGAUGCUCAAGAGGCUGGAGGAUUGCCGUGGGGGGUUACAGUGACACCAUUCGCGACGACUGAUGAGCAUGGAAACCCGCCGGCAUAUGGUGCUGAUGGUCAUCUUCUUCCUCGCUGUGAGAACUGCUGGGCGUACUUCAAUACAUACUGCGAAUUAGAGCAGUGGGCGUGGAGUUGCUCCCUCUGUGGAGCCCUUAAUGGUCUCAGUUCGCAGGCUAUCGCUCGUUAUUCUCAGCCACUGUCCUGUGCGGAGAUGAUGUCGUCUUUCAUUGAUCUCGAAAUGCCUGUGGAUGGACCCGGUGAAGAUGCAAUACAGGCAUGUCCGGUCUAUGUCGCAGCGGUGGAUCUGUCGUCUUCUGAAGAGUUUUUAGAACUUAUCAAAAGCGCUCUUUUAGCAGCUUUGGAAGCUCUUGGGCCAGGAUCUCUGUUUGGUCUUGCUACAUUCAGCCACAAAAUAGGAUUAUAUGAUGUUCAAGGGCCAAUACCAGUAGUGAAGAAUAUUUUCAUUCCCCCAGAUAUGGAUGGCACCCUGCAAAUUGAGCUUGAAGAUGCUAUGCCUUUGUCAUCCUUUUUGGCUCCUGUAGAAACUUGUAAGGACCGCAUCGCUGCAGCUCUUGAAACACUAAAGCCAACAACUUCCUGGGAAAGAACCACUGCUGCAGGGCAAGGACUAGAUGGUGUGUUUCUCGGUGGGCGAGGUUUUGGAGUAGCAAUGGAAUCCAUCAUCAAUUACCUGGGCUCAGAAUAUGGAAAUACAUUUGCACUAGCUAGGAUCUUUGCCUUUUUAUCUGGUCCUCCUGAUUAUGGAGCUGGGCAAUUAGAUACGAGACGUUAUGGUGAGCAGUAUGCUAGCAAAAGGGAGGAUGCUGACCGUGCUUUACUUCCUCCACAGACACCUUUCUACAAAGAUCUGGCUGCUGUCGCUGUUCAAGCAGGUGUUUGUGUGGAUAUAUUCGCCAUUACAAACGAAUACACUGAUUUGGCAUCACUGAAGUUUCUUAGUAUUGAGAGUGGAGGGUCUCUGUUUUUGUAUUCCAACACUGAUGACUCGACACUUCCUCAAGACAUGUAUCGAAUGUUGAGUCGUCCAUAUGCAUUUGGCUGUGUACUGCGAUUGAGGACAUCUACUGAAUUCAAACCUGGUCGUUCUUAUGGUCAUUUCUUCCCAGAUCCCCAGUAUGAAAAUGUUCAACAUAUUAUUUGUUGCGACUCUUAUGCUACUUAUGCUUACGACUUUGACUUCACCAGUGCUGUUGGAUUUUCAAGAAAUGCUGCAGACCCUCCCGUGCUACAGAUAGCUUUUCAAUAUACUGUUGUUGUGCCACCAGAGGACCUUGCAAGGUUUGAAAUGAUUUCUCCUAAUAGAUCCAAGCAUUCCCUCAAACGCCGAAUAAGGAUACGGACAAUACAGUAUGGAACUGCUAGAAAUAUCAAUGAAGUGUAUGACACUGUUGAUUCUGAAGUCAUUUUAUCGAUCCUUGUUCACAAGGUUAUUUCAGCAUCUUUGGAGCAAGGAGUCCGGGAAGGGAGGAUGUUGCUCCAUGACUGGCUAGUAAUUCUCACAGCUCAAUACAAUGAUGUUUGCAAAGUUGUUCAGUAUGGGAAUGAAAGCGUAGCAAGUUCUCCGAUUGAUGUCACACUCGCACAAUGUCCACAACUGCAACCUUUACCCCGCCUUGUAUUUGCUUUGCUCAGAAAUCCCCUUCUUCGGUUCCAUGAAGAAGGUGUUCAUCCAGACUAUCGUAUAUACCUGCAAUGCCUUUUCAGUGCCUUGGAACCGAGUUCUCUUCACUGUGCGGUGUAUCCUGUACUGACAUCAUAUGCUACCCCAGAUAAGCAAGCAUAUCCUCGCCACUCAUUGAGUCAUGCUGCCCUUAUAACUAGCGGAAGUCCAAUAUUUUUUCUGGAUGCCUUCACCACUCUCAUUGUUUAUUAUUCUUCAACUGCAGACCCAACCAUUCCUUUUCCUCCUCCACAUGAUUGCCUACUUCGGACUACAAUUAACAAACUGAAGCAGGAGAGAAGUAUCACACCAAAGCUUAUAUUUAUCCGGGGAGGACACGAUGAUGCCUCUCCAUUUGAAAACUACCUUAUUGAAGAGCAAGAUGUUGAUGGGAGUGGUCUCACUAGUGCCAUGGGUUUCGUUUCCUUCCUUGAAGAUAUCAGCCAGAAUGUUUUGGAAUACAUGAAGACUUGAUGUCACAUAAUCAAACCUCAACAUAACUUAGAAAGAAAAAUACAACUUAUUAACCUAUUACAGUGCCAAGACAUGGAAGAGAUUGGAGGGCCUUUGAUAGGAACAAUCAUAUGUAGCAAUGUAACUUGAUAGAUAUUGAGAAAUUCCGCAUUUAGAGAGUUGGAUAGAGAACAAGAGCGUAUUCUGAUACACCAGAUGCAUUUCUGGGCAGAAGUUUUUAUGAUAUUAUCAUAGCAUGCUUGUUGGCGUAAGGACAAAAGUUUUAGUGAGAACAUUCUUGGUGUGGCAAAUUGGGGCAGAGUCUGGAUCAGUCAACGUUAUUGCAUCAAUGUUAACUUAAUGUGACCAGUCACAUUGGAUGAGGCAUUAGAGCGAA